AUGGCGGACGUCAGCGAGUUUACACCCAAGUUCGCCCCGUUUCUGUCAUUCGCAGGAAUUGCUUCGGCAAUGAUCUUCGGAUCGGCGGGUGCGGCAUAUGGAACGGCGAAGGCUGGAAUUGGUAUUUCUGGCGUGGGGACGUUCAGAUCUGACUUAAUCAUGAAGUCCUUGAUUCCCGUCGUCAUGUCCGGUAUUAUCGCCGUCUACGGUCUCGUCAUUGCUGUCCUCAUCGCUGGCGACCUUGACCCAAGUUCGGCCAUGAGCUUAUAUGCUGCAUGCAUGCAUCUUGCGUCAGGAUUGUCGGUCGGUCUUGCAGGAGUAGCUGCCGGAUACACAAUUGGGAUCGUUGGAGACGCUGGAGUCCGCGCCUACAUGCAGCAAUCCAGGGUCUACGUUGGCAUGAUUCUCAUUCUAAUUUUCGGUGAAGUUCUUGGGCUAUAUGGAUUAAUUGUCGGUCUUAUUCUUAACUCGAAAAGUUCGGGUUGA